UCAAAAUUUUCAAAUCUUUCACACACCCCUCUCUCAUUACUCACCAAUCACCACUUCCCUUUUAUCCUAAAAUAUUUAUACAAGAACCAAAAGUUCACAAAGAACUAGAAUCUUUUCUUUAGUCUCUCCAUAAAAACACACACAUUUUACACGAUUUUUAGUGUAUGUUUGUGUGUUUCUUGGUAUCUUUCUUUAAUUUAAUAUACAGAAAGCAAGAAAGAGCAAAGUAGAAAUCGGCAUAAAAGCUAAUUUAUAAGGGAAAAAACACAGGAUUUUUCUCUGUGUCGAAGAUUUCUGAUGGAUAUUGGGUUUGUUAAAAUGCCGAGGUUUAAUUUACUGUUGAUGGUGUUAUUGUGUUCAUGGGUUUGUUUCUGUAACGGGUCUGUUUCAUAUGACCACAAAGCUAUCUCCAUUAAUGGCCAAAGAAAAAUUCUUAUUUCUGGAUCCAUUCACUAUCCAAGAAGCACUCCAGAGAUGUGGCCAGAUCUUAUCCAGAAGGCAAAAGAAGGAGGAUUAGAUGUGAUUCAAACUUACGUUUUCUGGAAUGGACAUGAACCACAACCUGGUCAAUAUUAUUUUGAAGAUAGGUAUGAUUUGGUGAAGUUCAUUAAGCUGAUUAAGCAAGCUGGACUCUAUGCUCAUCUCAGAGUUGGUCCUUAUGCUUGUGCUGAAUGGAAUUUUGGGGGUUUUCCUGUUUGGUUGAAAUAUGUUCCAGGAAUCAGUUUCAGAACAGAUAAUGGUCCUUUCAAGGCUGCUAUGGAAAAAUUCACCAGACACAUAGUGAACAUGAUGAAAGCAGAAAGAUUAUACGAGACUCAAGGUGGUCCAAUUAUUUUAUCUCAGAUUGAGAAUGAAUAUGGGCCGUUGGAGUAUGAACUUGGAGCUCCGGCUCGAGCUUAUACAAAAUGGGCGGCUUCUAUGGCGGUGGGUCUAGGAACCGGAGUUCCAUGGGUGAUGUGCAAGCAAGAUGAUGCUCCUGAUCCAGUUAUCAAUACUUGCAAUGGAUUUUACUGCGACUAUUUCUCUCCCAACAAAAAUUUCAAGCCCAAAAUGUGGACAGAAGCUUGGACAGGAUGGUUCACUGAGUUUGGAGGUGCGGUUCCUUAUAGACCAGCUGAAGAUUUGGCAUAUUCAGUUGCUAAAUUUAUUCAAAGUGGUGGAUCUUUUAUUAAUUACUAUAUGUAUCAUGGAGGAACAAAUUUUGGAAGAACUGCAGGUGGUCCAUUUAUUGCAACAAGUUAUGACUAUGAUGCCCCUCUUGAUGAAUUUGGACUAAAACGGGAAGCUAAGUGGGGACACCUAAAAGAUCUUCAUAGAGCAAUAAAACUAUGUGAGCCCGCUUUAAUAAACAGCGACCCCUCUAUCAUCACCCUUGGAAACUAUCAAAAGGCAUAUGUUUACAAAUACAAAACUGGAGGCUGUGCUGCUUUCCUUUCAAAUAACAACCGAGCUGCUUACGCGACAGUAAGCUUUCAAAACCAACGGUACAAUCUCCCACCAUGGUCCGUCAGCAUCCUGCCUGACUGCAAGAACACCGUUUACAAUACCGCAAGGGUCGGUGCACAAACCGCAUUGAUGAAGAUGACAUCAGCAGGGAGUGGAUUUGCUUGGCAGUCAUACAACGAUCAAACCGAAUCCUAUGAUGACAACUCGUUUACAACAGUUGGAUUAUUGGAGCAACUUAAUGUCACUAGAGAUUCUUCCGAUUAUUUGUGGUACAUGACAGAUGUCAGGGUGGGGUCCAAUGAAGGGUUCUUAAGAAGCGGGAAGUGGCCUACUCUUACUGUCCAAUCCGCUGGUCAUGCUUUGCAUGUUUUCAUCAACGGUCAACUAUCAGGUCAGAAGAGUCAAACAAGGAAUAAGAUUUUUUUGUCAUUACACUUAUUGUGUGUGAUUUUCGUGACACUUGUUUGUUUUUUUACAGGAACUGUUUAUGGAAGUCAAAAAAAUCCAAAAGUAACUUUUAAUAAACCAGUAAAUCUAAGAGCUGGAUUGAACAAGAUUUCUUUACUAAGCAUUGCAGUUGGUCUCCCGAAUAUUGGUCCACAUUUUGAGACAUGGAAUGCGGGUGUUCUUGGUCCAGUCACACUUUAUGGUCUCAAUCAAGGGAAGAGAGACUUGACAUGGCAAAAAUGGUCUUAUAAGGUUGGCCUCAAAGGCGAAAUUCUAAGUCUUCACUCACUCUCUGGUAGUUCAUCUGUUGAGUGGAUUCAAGGUUCAUUAGUGACUCAAAGACAACCGUUGACAUGGUACAAGACUGUUUUCAAUGCUCCAAAUGGGAACGAGCCUUUGGCUUUGGACAUGAGCAGUAUGGGAAAAGGUCAAAUAUGGAUAAAUGGUCAAAGUGUUGGACGUUAUUGGCCUGCAUACAAGGCAUCUGGUUCUUGUAGUACUUGUAGCUACGCGGGUUAUUUUGAUGAGAAAAAAUGCCUAAGUAAAUGUGGUGAAUCUUCACAAAAAUGGUACCAUGUACCCCGAUCAUGGUUAAAACCAAGAGGAAACUUGUUGGUUGUGUUUGAAGAAUUGGGAGGAAUUCCUUAUGGGAUAUCAUUGGUGAAAAGAGGGGUUUACAGUGUGUGUGCGGAUAUAUACGAAUGGCAACCUUCAUUGAUGAAUUAUGAAAUGCAAGCUUCUGGUAAAGUCACCAAACCAUUGAGGCCAAAAGCUCAUCUUUCAUGUAGCCCUGGUCAGAAGAUUUCAUCUAUAAAGUUUGCUAGCUUUGGAACACCAUUAGGGGGUUGUGGUAGUUAUAGUGAGGGUAGCUGUCAUGCUCAUAACUCCUAUGAUGCCUUCAAUAAGUUAUGCGUUGGACAACAAGCAUGCACAGUACCUGUAACACCUGAAAUAUUUGGAGGUGAUCCUUGCCCAAAAGUAAUGAAGAAGCUUUCAGUUGAGGCCCUUUGCAGUUGAUGAUGAAAUUAUUUCAAAUAUCUAUAGUUAUAUUAUUUAUAAAAUUUAUAUGAAUAUUUGGUAACCAAGAAUAGCCGUUAUGCGAACAAGGUCGCUACACGGCCAUAUGACAGGCUUAGGCCAAAGGUGAAGUUGUACAGAUAUGCAACACACCGUUGUGGUUCAAGAGCCUUGUAAUGUAUACGGACUUUGAAGAUUGGUGUAUAUAUAGUUCGCUUAUGUGCGGAUGUAAUAUUAGUAGGAAAGCACGUUGAGACUCGUGAUUCGAGUCCAUGAGCUUAUGUUUUCAUUUUGGUUAUUUGAAGGGAAAUGUAAAAGCCUCUGGCUUUUCGUGUCUUUGUUUAUUUUGUGGAUGUAAAAACGGUUGAAAAUGGUAAUUUUUAAUUUGGUUUCUUGAA